AUGCGCCUCUCGCUCAUCCUCGCCUCCCUCACAGCCGCGGCCUCCGCCGCCCCGGCGUGGCACCAGGGCCCCGUCAUGGCCGACGACGGUGACCUCAUGGAGCGCAGGGACGUGGUCCGCGUGGAAGUCGUGCAUGCCCACACCAGCCGCUUCACAAAGACAAUGAUUACCAAACUCACCCGGUAUGCCGCCGACGCCGCCUCGGACGUGCAGGGCUUCUUGGCCGAGUCCUUCCGCGGCGCCGUGGCAGACGGCACCGGCGAGGUCAUGACCAUCACGUACGGCAAGAAGACACCCCCCUUGGUCGUGGGCUCCGGCGGCAGCAGGGGAAAGGGGCUCGGCCGCCACUGUCAUCACCGGCACAGGAUUUCGCUGCUGGGCUUUAGGAAUCGGCUGGCUGCGUUUAUUUUGGCCUUUUCGUUGGUUUUGGCCGUUGCGUGCUCAUAUUUCAGACGGCUACAUGUUGCGUCGCCGCAAGAAGCAGUGGAGGAUCCCGUCGACUCGGCACGGGCGGAAAAGGCCCUGCUGUCACGGAGCAGCAGGGAAGACGAGACGACGCAAUCAUGA